CAGAUUUCGAGAGGUAAGUUCUCUGAGGUCCGUGUGGACAGAUGCGCACGUGUAACACUUGGACAACACAACACUCGUUCGCUGUGUUUGUCUUCAGCCUUCGUGGUGUUUGUACCCGCCUCGAGAUUCAGGACGAAGUGGUCAGGAAGGUGACUGUUUGUCGAGCCCUUGAAAGCUGAGAAGGUAGCCCAUGUGAUGGAUAGAUGGGCUCAUGUGAAAACAGUGUGACACACCAUUUGUGUGUGUGAUGGUUGGUUUAUGCCUCCCUCCCUCCCUCCCUCCAGCAGGAACUUGAGCAGGAAUUCGAAGGAAGGAUGCAUCGGUUCGCAGCCCUCUCACUGCGGCACACAGCCAUGGCGGCAAAGGUACACACACAUCGGCCUGGAUGGAUGGAUGGAUCAAUGAGUCACGCCUUACUCGGGAUCUGUUAUCUGCAGGUGUCGCCGGCGCGUUUCGUGUGCGUGGCCAAGGCGGGGCUGCAGGCCACAGGGAGCUCCUACACCGGUACACACAGCACCAAACACAGCAAAGGAGCACAGCAAGGCCAAGUAGGCAGUCGUAUAUAUGUGUGUGUAAGUAGGUGUCAGUGUGUCGUGUCGGAUGUUUGCGACUGCCGGGGCGCGGAUGAAGGCGGAGGACUGGUGCGGCAAGGUGGGCAGCUGACACACAGCACAUGAGGGAAUGGCACCUUCGCAUACACAUGAUAACACACGUGUGCGUGUCUAGAUCUUCGAUGCGAUUGACUUCAAUAAGGUACACACGGAUGGCAUGCAUUAAGGUUGGUUAUCAUUCGCACGUCGACACGUCUGCCUUUCAUUUGCCCGUCCAUCCUCAUUGAUUCACCCGUCCUUCCUAAGAACGGAUACCUGGACAAGGACGAGGUGAGUGAGCCAUUUCAGCUUGACGCAUGUGCGUGCCCCACUACACUCGCCGUGUGUGUGUGUGUGUUGCGUGUCUGUCUGUCAUCAAUCGCCAGGUCAAGAAGAUAGUGCUGUGUUUCGGGGAGAACCACGAGCAGGCCGAACUGAGAUGGGCCAAGUGAGUAGGGCGAGCAAGCAACGACGCCUAACACACACACACACACACACGCACCCACCCACCACAUGCAGGCUGCUGGAGCAUGUCGACACCAACAAGGACAGCAAGAUAUCCCGGUGAGUACGGACACAUAUUAGCAUAUGCGUGGCGCCCGAUCACUGUCUGUCUGUCUCUUUCCUGACGGGGGUGUGUGUAGUUCCGAGUACGUGUCGUACUGGAAGAACCAAACAAGUGACAAAGUCGAAAAGGACGGUACACAAGCACGCAGGCAAUCACGUGGACAGACUGGCUGGCACCUACAUGUCCGUGUGUGCGUGUGUGGGUGCAGGUGGCUACAGCAAGGACUACGAGGAGUAUCUCGCCAACUAUAUCGGUACGCACAAGCAUACCCACUGCCUGCCUCCAUUGGACCCUGCAUGUCUUGUGUUGUGUUGGGCUCUUGUUGGGCUCUGCGUGUGUGUGUGUGUGGUUUGGCGCAGACCUGCUCAAAAUCAAGGUGAGUCCGAGCUGACACGCUUCCCUCAUCACGACACCGUGACGCCGUCAACUUGUCUGUAUUAGCUGCGUAUGAACACACACACAUAUACCAUUUUUACCAAUGGUUGGUUGGUUGGCUGCUUGCAUGUGGCUGGUUGGUUGGUUGGCUGGAUAGAGCCAGCAGCACGAGCAGGAACUGGCAGACGAGAGAAGACAAGAUACCGACACUGACACGGCAGCUGUACGCAAGCUACAUCACACCACACCACACACACACAGCGGACAGACAGACAGACAGACAGACAGACAUCCCUGUGCGUGUAAUGUACUAAUGAUAGCCUAUUUGCAUGAGCGUGCUUCGAUACUUACACCGCCACCCUGCAAUCACGUGCUCUCUUGUCCCGUGUCUGUGUGUCUGUGUGUGUGCAGGCCAAGAGCGUUAUCGGCGGCAAGUGAUGAUGGACAGACCGGCACACACGGACGGCCGGGAGGGUG